AUUUUAGAAGGUUAGGAUCAACGGUGUGUACAUUUAAUUGUGUAAUCUCUUCUUAUCCACUAACAAAAUUAGAGAGGAUUGGCAGUGUGAACCGAAAUCUCUGCUAAAUUAUAGGAAGAAAAAAGGAAGAUAAUUUAGAGGAAGAACACAACUGUGAGAGAAUGGUAUUUGGUUUAGCAUUAGAGAAAGAGAUGGAGAGAACAGCAGAGCUAUGUCUAAAUAUAUCCAUCCGAUUAGUCUGUUUAAAUCAUUGUAACCAAUAUAUAUAUCUCUGAAGCUGAGGAAAGAAGCAUCUAUUUUGCAAAGAUAAGGAUUUCUGGCGCUGGCAUUAAAGUGGCGGUGUCUUUGUUUCUCUAUCUCUAUUUAUUUGUUUGUGUAAAUCCUGAUUCUUUGCAAAGAUAAAGAUCCUCAAGAAACUCUUGAGAGAUGGCAGGUGGAUUUGCGGUAGAUCAAAGCGCUCUUAAGAGGGCCCAUCUGUAUGAGUACAAAAUUACUGGAUAUUUCGUCUUUGCUUGCAUAGUUGCAGCUCUUGGAGGGUCUCUUUUUGGGUAUGAUCUUGGUGUUUCAGGUGGAGUAACUUCCAUGGAUGAUUUCCUUAAGGAUUUCUUCCCUUCCAUUUAUAGAAGGAAGCAAAAACAUCUCAAUGAAACCGAUUACUGUAAAUAUGACAAUCAGAUCCUCACUCUCUUUACAUCCUCUCUAUACUUUGCGGGCCUAGUCUCCACAUUUGCAGCUUCCCAUGUAACUAGAACAUGGGGCAGGAGAGGCAGUAUCCUUGUUGGUGCAACCAGUUUCUUCUUAGGAGCAGUAGUUAAUGCUGCUUCAGUGAACAUUGCAAUGCUGAUAAUUGGUAGAAUCUUACUUGGUGUUGGCAUUGGAUUUGGAAAUCAAGCUGUUCCCUUGUAUCUUUCAGAGAUGGCUCCUGCAAAAGUCAGAGGAGCAGUUAAUCAACUGUUUCAAUUAACUACUUGCUUGGGGAUUCUGAUUGCAAACUUAAUAAAUUAUGGUACUGAAAAGAUCCAUCCAUGGGGCUGGAGAUUAUCUCUUGGUUUGGCUACAGUCCCAGCAACUCUUAUGUUUAUUGGGGGUAUUUUCCUUCCUGAGACCCCCAACAGUCUUGUAGAACAAGGCAGAUUAGAAGAAGCAAGAAUUGUAUUGGAGAAAGUCCGAGGUACCAACAAAGUUGACGCAGAGUUUGCUGAUCUCAUUGAUGCAAGCAAUGCAGCAAGAGCAGUGAAAAAGCCAUUCAGGAAUCUCCUAGCAAGGAGGAAUCGUCCCCAGUUGGUAAUAGGGGCUUUGGGGAUCCCAGCAUUCCAACAACUCACUGGCAUGAACUCUAUACUCUUCUAUGCACCUGUCAUAUUCCAAAGCUUGGGUUUUGGCUCAGAUGCAUCUCUAUAUUCAUCCAUUUUCACCAGCGGAGCACUUGUUGUUGGUGCACUUAUAUCAAUGGCAUUGGUGGAUAAGUUUGGUAGAAGAGCUUUCUUCCUGGAAGCUGGUUGUGAAAUGAUGAUCUGCUUGGUGUGUGUGGCAAUAACUCUGGCUUUGAAGUUUGGAACAGGAGAAAUCCUCCCAAAAGGAAUCGGCAUCUUUCUUGUUCUUGUGAUCUGCUUGUUUGUCUUGGGUUAUGGAAGGUCUUGGGGCCCUCUCGGGUGGCUAGUUCCUAGCGAGCUCUUCCCGUUAGAGACAAGGUCCGCUGGUCAGAGUGUUGUGGUCUGUGUCAACCUCUUCUUUACAGCAUUGAUAGCGCAGUGCUUCCUUGCGGCACUGUGUCAUCUGCAAUAUGGAAUUUUCUUACUAUUUGCUGGCUUAAUUCUCAUCAUGAGUAGCUUCAUCUACUUCCUCUUGCCAGAAACAAAGCAAGUUCCAAUUGAGGAGAUAUAUCUUCUCUGGAAAACUCACUGGUUCUGGAAGAAUAUAGUAAAUGAAGGUGAGGAAGCCACAGACUUGAACGGAAAAUCUGGAGGACAAGUUUAAACUUUUCUAGGAAAAUGUUUCCUGAUUUUAUUGAUACAAGUUGUUUCUUGGAAGCAUACUUAUGUAUUUUGAAUGCAUUAAUUUUUCGUAAAUUAUGUAAACCUGGUGUUGAAUUUAAAAAGUUUCGAGGAUCGAAUAUCAAUGUGUGUAUGUAGGACCUCUGGGAGAUGUCUAACACAUAUAUAUAAGACUAUGUAUCAAAAUUUUCUGGUUGGUUUAUUUUUUCGUCCAUUCUUU